AUGGAGUUAAGAGACCAACCAAUAGUAUAUUUUGAAAAUAGUAGAGUUGAAGAAGAGUAUCCGAGUGGAACAAUAAAUGGAUUCAGUAAAGAAGGAGAAAUGUAUUAUAGAAUAGAAGGGAAAAGGAUUGAAAUAUAUUCUAAAGAAUCGAAAAUCAAUAAAACAAGCAUUGAGUGUCAAAGUGAAAUAAUAUCAGCAAUAAGUAUUGACACGGGGAUUGAAAAUGGAAUUGUUAUUGUAAUGGAAAAUACUAUUGGAAUAAUUAAAAAUAAUGGAGGGGAAGUAAUUAAUUAUUAUAUUGAAGGAGCAUAUAAAGUCUUUAAAGAAGUUAAAAUAGGAAAGGAUAAGAAUUAUUAUUAUUUUAUAGUUGUUACAAAACCAUUUUCAAUUAAAUUAGUUCGAAUUAGUUGUUUUGGAAAAAUAGGAAGAAGAAUUGAAAAGAAAUUAAGUAUUAAAGAAAUGGAAGAAAGUAAUGAAGAAGCUACAUACUGUGAAGUUUCAUAUCCAACAUUUACAAGUAAACCAAGUUAUAUGAAAGGAGCAAGUGAUAGUAGACCAUAUAUUGAAGUAUCAGAAUCAGGAAGAAAACCAUUUCCAAAUAUCUUUUAUUUAGAAGAAUUUGUACCAACAUUUAUUUCUAUAGGAAGAACAGAAAAAGACAUAAUAGUUAUAGUAGGAGGGAAUGAUGGACUUAUGUUUGGGUAUCAAGUUAAUACACCAAUGUUAAUAUUUUCUAUACAAAUAGCAAGUGAAAAACAUUGUGCGAUUGAAAAAAUCAUGUAUUCAAUUGGGAAAGAAUAUCAAAAGAAUUAUAUUACUGGAAUAUUAUAUGGAGGAAAUACAACGGAAAUUUAUUUCUUUGGAAUAGAUGAAAGAUAUGGAUUAGAAUAUAAAGAUUUAAUGGUAUAUGAAAAUUAUAGAUUUUUAGCAGGAAAAAGUCAUGAGGGAAGAGAAAGAAUAACAACAAUAAUAGUUUAUGAUAAAGGAAAGAAACAAGUGAUGCAAAGUAUCUUUGAUUCUGAAGGAAGAAAUAUAAGUAAUAAUAUGACAGGAAUAGAAGUUACGGAACCAAUUGGAUGUGUAGAAGAAAGAGAAUAUGAAGAAGAAUUUGAAGAAUAUGAGAAAUAUAAAGCAAAAGGAAAAGAUAUAUAUUAUCCAAGUUAUAUUGAAAUAAUGGGAAAAAAAGAAUGGAGUAGUAUUAUUUGUACAUCACCAGGAUUUGAAAGAAUUGUUCAAUGUAUUAGAUUAUUACCAUGUUUAAUAUUUGGAAGAGGAGAUGAAGAAUGUAUUUCAUAUUAUACUGAUAGUAUUAAUAUGGGAUAUUCAUUACCUGAAUAUAAAGAAAGUGCUACAUUUAUUACUGAGGCGUUACAAAUAUUAAUAGGAACAGGGAAUAUAGGAAUAUUAAUAGAAGAAUUAGAAGAAAGAAGUGAGGAGAGUCGAGUUAAUCAAGUGAUAUUAGAUUUCUUCAGAAUAUAUUAUGAAGAUAUUAAUAAAGAAGUUAAAGAAAGAAUAAUGACUGAUGACAAUAUAGAUAGAAUAUUCUUACAAGAAGUAGAAGAGAAACUUGCAAUUGUUAAAACGAUAUUUUUAAAAAUUAAUGAAGAGACGAAUAUUUUAGAUAGAAUUGAACAAAAUUUAUAUGGGAUUCGAUAUUAUUUACCAAUUAUUCAAUAUGUUGGAGAAUUAAGACAAAAAGAAAUAAUAGAAGUGAAUGGUACAUUAAUCACACCAAUGAUUAAUUUAUUUAUGGAAGGAAGUAUUUAUCCAGUUGGAAUUGAUUUAAUGAUAAUACAUUUAAUGAAUAAUAGAAUAUAUCCAUCAUAUCAAUUAUAUUUAAAUUAUUUAUUUAUUAUUCAUGGACUUAAUGAAUAUAUUGAAGAUAUUCCAGCAUUUUCUGAAUUACCAGAAAUACCAAAUAUAGCAAGAUUAUUAGUUGCAUUUGAUUCAGAAGAAUAUAAAUAUUUUUAUGAUACUAUGCGAGUGAAUGUAGAAUUAAGAGAAAGUAUUAUUACAGAUAUUAUUCCAGUUGUAUUUAGAUAUUAUGAAAAAGUAAUAAUUACAAAACCAAAUAAAUAUAUUGAUACAUUAGUAACAUUAAUUGAUAAUAUAGAAAGUUUCCAUUUAUACAUUGGAUAUUUAAUAGGAAGAAAUGAAUUUGGAAAAGCAAUGAAUAGUAUUUGUAGAUUCCAUGGAAGAUUUAAUUCACCAACAGAAAUAUUCUUAGAAACAGUAAAGUAUUUAUUUGAAAAAAUAAUUGAAAAGAAUAAACUUGAAGGAUAUAUGGAAGUUAUUUACAACACAACUUGGGAACAUUAUUUUAUGACAUAUUGUCUUAAAAGUGAAAGUCAAAAAGACAUUAUUGGAAUAUUUAAUUAUUUCUUAAAAAUUGAAGACAUUUAUUCAUCAUCUUUACUUUAUGUAUAUUUACAUCAAUAUUUAUGGAUUAACACACCUAUAAUUUAUCAACUUGAACAAAAAUUCCAAGAAUUUGUUCGUAAUAGAAAUUUAAAUGAACAAUGUCAAAUUCAAACAUUAUUACAAGACCAAAAACAACUUGAUUUAUUUAUUAAUGGUGAUAAAGAAAUUUCAUUAGGAAUGGUUGCAAGAGAACAUUUUGAUGAAUAA